CUCAGUCCUCCUCCUCCUCCUUCAUCAUCGUCCUCUUCUUCUUCUUCCCAGUGGGUGAACACUCCCAGGCGAAUUAAGCUCGAGCCUCCUCGUCCAUGCUGUGGUGAGCCACAGGAAGUGAAAAUGAAGAGUGGGCUGACUCUGGUGGCUGCGGCGCUGCUGGCCCUGGUGCUCUCCUCUUCGGCCCAGGACCAAGUGGAGCCACCGUCAGGUUUGACCUUUCACAUUGUGGACCAGCAAACUGCGCAGAUGUUGUGGAAAAGGCCGCGCUCGCACCUCGACGGCUACAGGAUACGCGUGACCUCUGACACAGGAGAACUAGUACGAGACUUUGCGUUGGCCCCGUCGGCUACAUCCGCCUCCAUCUCUGAGCUGGAUCAAGAUGUGGAUUACUCCGUUAGCAUCUCUGCCUACGCUGGAUCAUACGAGAGUCUUCCCAUCUCGGGGCAGAUCACCAUCGAGUCUGGAGGAGGAGCUUCCAGAAGACCGGACGCAGGAGCCGCAAAAUGUCCCGUGAGCGCAGUGGCAGACGUGGCCUUCCUGCUGGCCGGGUCCUGGGCCUCGGACAGGACGGCCUUCAAACACGUUCGCGGCUUGGCGGCGGCCGUGGCCGGAGCCUUUCAGAUCGGCGAAGACAAAACCCGUGUGGCUGUGCUUCAGUACAGCGGGAACACGCCUGCCGGCUUCCCGCUGGACCAACACAUGAGCCGACCCGCCCUGAUGCAAGCCAUUGGCUCGCUGGACAACUACGACGGCAAUGCCAGGACAGGCGCGGCGCUGGACUACCUGUUGACCAACACGUUGACGGAGGCGGCGGGCUCCCGGACGUCCGUUCCCAAAGUUGUGCUGAUCCUCACGGACGACGGCGAGUGGGACGAUGCUUCCGAACGUUCGGCCAGGCGUUUGAAAAGCCAGGGCGUGGAGACCUUUGUUGUUGGCAUCCAGCAGGCCGACGAGGGGAAGAUGAGGCCGCUGGCCUCAACGCCCUACUGGAGUCACGUCUUCAAUGUGGCCGCAUUGGAUGACGUCCGGAAUGUUCACAAAGACGUCAUCAGUCAGGUGUGCGCGGGCGUCGAGGAGCAGCUCAGCUCUUUCGUCAGCGGGGAAGAAGCAGUGGAGCCCGCCUCCAACCUCCAGGUGGUGGAGGUGGCCUCCAAGACUAUGAAGCUGAGCUGGAGCGCUUCCAACGAUGACGUUUCCGGGUACAAGGUGCAGAUGAUCCCUCUGAUGGUCGGUGGGAAGCGUCACGAGCUGUACGUGGGCCACACGCAGACCUCUGUGGUGGUCCGGGACCUAACGCCGGACACCGAGUACCAGAUCAACCUGUUUGCGCUGAAAGGCCUUACGGCCAGCGAGCCCGCCGUGGUGCUGCAGAGGACUCGGCCUGUCAAAGUGUCAGUGGAAUGUUCUCUGGGUGUGGACGUCCAAGCUGACGUGGUUCUCCUGGUGGACGGUUCCUACAGCAUCGGUCUGGCCAACUUCGCCAAAGUUCGAGCCUUUUUGGAGGUGCUGGUGAACACCUUCGACAUUGGACCCAACAAGGUCCAGAUCAGUCUUGUCCAGUACAGCCGGGACCCGUACACAGAGUUCCUGCUCAACACUCACUCGGACCUGAGGGGCGUGCUGAAGGCGGUCCGCUCGUUCCCUUACCGUGGUGGCUCCACCAACACAGGCAAGGCCAUGACGUACGUGCGGGACAAGAUCUUCCAGCUGGCCAAGGGCGCCCGGCCCAACGUCCCACGCGUCACCAUUCUCAUCACGGACGGCAAGUCGUCGGACGCCUUCCAGCAGCCCGCCACCAAGUUGAGGGACGCCGACGUGGAGAUCUUUGCUGUGGGCGUGAAGGAUGCCGUGCGCUCCGAGCUGGAGGCCAUCGCCAACUCGCCGGCCGAUACGCACGUUUACACUGUGGAGGACUUUGAUGCCUUCCAGAGGAUUUCCAAGGAGCUCACGCAGUCCAUCUGUUUGAGGAUCGAACAGGAGCUUCGCAACAUCCAAAAGAAACGUCUGGUCCAGCCCAGAGACCUGUCCUUCUCUGAGGUGACUUCAAGAAGCUUCCGGACCUCAUGGGAGAUCGACGCCAAUGAUGUGGAGGCCUUCCUGGUUCAGUUUAGGCCCACGGACAUUCCCGACAGCCAUUUGGUGUCCAUGUCCAUCCCCCGGGACACGCUGACCGCGGUCCUGCCUUACCUCACCCCGCUGACCCGCUACCAAGUCAACGUUUCGGCGCAGUAUGACCGAGGCGGCAGUUUGCCCCUUGUCGGCUACGAGACCACCUUAGAGGAACAAAGUCCAGUCCGCAAUGUGAGAGUGUCCCAAGAGACCACAGACAGCUUCCGUGUCUCCUGGCAACCGGCGCAAGGAGCCGUGCUCCGCUACCGCUUGACCUUCCGACCCAUCGGGGAGGGAGGCGCUGGUUCGGAGGCCAGCACGGAUGGUGACGAGCCCACCAUCGUACUGCGGGGGCUCCAGCCAAGGACCACCUACCUGGUCACCGUCAACGCAGAGUACCGGUCAGGUUCUGGACCGCCGCUGCAGACGCAAGGAACCACCAAAGAAGAGGUGGGUCCUCCUCAAAAUCUGGUCACCCGGGAUGUGACAGAUCGCAGUUUUUCUGCGUGGUGGACGGCCGCUCCCGGGAACGUCAGGAUGUACCGAGUCAAAUGGCAGUCGGCGUAUUCCGAAGAGUCUGGAGAGAAAAUGGUCCGAGGAGACCAAACGGACACGGUGCUGGACGGCCUCAGCCCGGAGACGCUCUACCAGCUCUCCGUUGUUGCCGUCUAUGAUCAGAAGGACAGCGAGCCGCUUUCCAGAUACGAAACCACCGACGUCUCGGCCGAGGCGCAAAGGCUACGCGUGAGCGACGAGAGCGAGCGCACCAUGAAGGCGACAUGGGCUGCGGCACCCGGCAAGGUUCUGCAUUACCGCCUGAAAUAUGUCCCGAGUGCCGGUGGCAGGGAGGUGGUCCUUAAGGUCCCCGCAGGGGUCACGUCCACUGUCCUGAAGAGGCUGCAACCCCUGACCUCCUACGACAUCACUGUCCAUCCCAUCUACAAACGUGGGGAAGGAAAAGCAAGGCAAGGAGUAGGAAGCACACUGUCGCCUUACAAGGCUCCAAGGAACCUCCAGACUUCGGAGCCCACUAAGUCCAGUUUCAGAGUCUCGUGGGAUCCGGCGCCUGGGCAAGUUAGGGGCUACAAGGUGACCUUCCACCCCUCAGGCAACGAUAUUGACCUGGCCGAGCUGCUCGUGGGCCCCUUUGACAACACUGUGGUUCUGGAGGAGCUCAGGGCUGGAACAAAAUAUUCCGUGGCCGUGCUUGGGAUGUUCGACGGAGGGGAGAGUUUGCCUCUGGCGGGGGAGGAGAAGACCACGCUCUCUGAUGCUCCCGAGCCAGCUCCAUUGGGUCCCUCCGACAUUCAGUGCAGGACCUCCGCCAAGGCUGACAUUGUGCUGCUGGUAGACGGCUCCUGGAGUAUCGGACGCAUGAACUUCAAAACCAUUCGCAAUUUCAUCAGCCGCAUGGUCGCCGUCUUCGACAUUGGCCCGGAUAAAGUCCAGAUUGGUCUGGCUCAGUACAGCGGCGACCCCAAGACCGAGUGGCACCUCAACGCCCAUGCCACCAAAGCCUCCCUGCUGGACGCCAUCACCAACCUGCCGUACAAAGGAGGAAACACCAUGACAGGAAUGGCCCUGAGCUACAUUCUGCAGAACAACUUUAAACCCGAUGUGGGAAUGCGUGAAGAGGCGCGUAAGAUCGGCAUCCUGAUCACCGAUGGAAAGUCUCAGGAUGAAAUUGUCACCAACUCGCAGAACCUGAGAGACAACCGCAUUGAGCUUUAUGCCAUCGGUGUGAAGAACGCAGACGAGAAUGAGUUGCGCUCCAUCGCCUCCGACCCGGACGAGAUUCAUAUGUACAACGUCAAUGACUUCCAGUUCCUGCUGGACAUCGUCGACGAUCUAACCGUCAACCUGUGCAACAGUGUCAAGGGCACAGCCGAAGAGCUCGGGGCGCCCACCAACCUGGUGACCUCCGAGGUGACCCACCACUCCUUCCGCGCCACCUGGACCGCGCCCGAGACACCCGUGGAGAGUUUCCGCCUCGUCUACGUCAAGGCGGACGGAGAACCCGCCCAGGAGAUGCUGCUGGACGGCUCAACGACAUCUGCAGUCCUGGAAGGUCUGAGCCCGCUGACGGAAUACAUGCUGAGCGUCUACUCGCUGCUCGGAGAAGACAGCAGCGAGCCCCUGGUGGGCCGCGAGACCACCUUGCCACUGCCGGCCGUCACGUCCAUGAAUGUUUACGACGAGACCAUGAGCACCAUGAGGGUUCGCUGGCAGCCGGUGGGCGGAGCCAGCGGCUACAUCGUGCUCUACCAAUCCAUCAACGGCACCGAGCCUCAGCUGGACAAAGAGGUGCGAGUACGAGCUGACGUGGGCGACAUUCAGCUGACGCAGCUGCUCCCCAACACGGCAUAUUCCGUCUCCGUUUUGGCGCAGCACGGCGAAGCAGUCAGUGAUCCACUGAAGCGCAGCGGAGUCACGUUGCCCAUGCCCCCUGCCGGCGCCCUGAGGAUCAGCAGCGUUACUCACAGCAGCAUGAAGCUAAACUGGGACGCGGCUCCCGGCCUGGUGCGCAAGUACAUCAUCACUUACAAGCCCGAGGGCACCGACACCAAAGAGGUGGAAGUCCGCAGCGACGUCACCACCCUGGACGUGACGGGCCUCACCUCCCAGACGGAGUACGACGUGGCCGUGACUCCCGUGUACGAUGAGGGUCCCGGGAACCCCAUGCUCGGAAUGGGAAUUACGGACGUCGUUCCCGCCCCGAAGAACCUCAAGUUCUCUGAUGUGGACCUGACCUCCUUCAGGGCCACAUGGGAGCAUGGGGCGCCCGAUGUGGCGCUCUACCGCAUCGGCUGGGUCAAGAAAGGACAUACCGACUUCCAGUCUUCCAUCUUGGGCAAUGAUGAGACAUCGCAUCUUCUGGAGAACUUGGAACCGGGCACCGAGUACACGGUCACCGUGACGGCCAUCUACCCCGAUGAAUCGGAAAGUGAAGACUUGAUGGGAAACGAGCGCACAUUGUUGAAGGCUGUGAGCGUGCGCCCGGAGCCUCCUCGCAACCUGCGAGUUUACAACGCCACCUUCAGCACCCUGGCGGUCAAGUGGGACCCGGCCCCCGGACCCGUGCAGAACUACAAAAUCCUCUACGCUCCGCUGGCAGGAGGCGAGCCGCUCGCGACUCAGGUGGGAGGCAAGAAGACCAGCACCGUCCUGCAGAAGCUGACGCCUGACACACCGUACCGGGUCACCAUGACUGCCAUCUACGCCACCGGACCCAGCAGAGACGUUUCGGCAGAAGGGAGAACCAGACCUCUGGGCGGCGUGAGGAACCUUCAGGUGCACAACCCGACCAUGACCACGCUCAACGUGCGCUGGGAGCCGGCUGAGGGGCGCGUCAAGGAGUACAAAGUAAUCUACGCUCCUGCUGCAGGAGGUGCCGAGAGCAUGGAGCAAGUGUCAGCUGGCACCAGCAGCACCACCCUGAGGGGCCUGCAGCCCGACACCCUCUACACCGUCUCGCUGGUGCCCGUCUAUGCCGAGGGAGACGGCAAGAUCAUGUCGGAAAACGGAAAGACAAGGCCUCUGGGUGGCGUGAAGAACCUGCAGGUGACCGACCCGACCAUGACCUCUCUCAACGUCAAGUGGGACCCGGCCGACGGAGCCGUUCGCUUGUACAAAGUCUUCUUCGUGCCCGUCGCUGGCGGCCGGGAGGAGAUGGAGCAAGUUCCUGCCACCAGCACCAACAUCAUUCUUAGGAACCUCCUUCCUGACACCGCCUACUCCGUGUCGGUGUUACCCGUGUACCCGGCCAGGGAGGGAAAACGACAGACUGAUACCGGAAAGACUCUGCCACUGGGCGGCGUGGGCACCAUGCGGGUGGCCAACCCGACCAUCACCACGCUCACGGUCACCUGGAACCCUGCCGACGGGAACGUUCAGGGCUACAAGAUCAUCUACAUGCCAGAAGACGGUGGUUUGGAGAUUGUGGAGCAAGUGUCUGAAAGCACCACCAGCACCGUCCUGGAGAAGCUCCUCCCCGACACCCGCUACACCGUCACCGUGGUGCCCGUCUACGCCGAGGGCGACGGGCCCAGUCUCACCAACAGCGGCAAAACCAGGCCGCUGGGCAUGGUGAGGAACCUUCAGGUGGUCGAUCCGACCACCAGCACCCUCAACGUGCGCUGGGAGCCGGCCGAGGGCAACGUGCGCGAGUACAUCGUCAUCUGGGUGCCGACCGGUGGCGGAGACCAGGAUGUGGACCAGGUGUCCGGAUCCACCACCUCCACUGUGCUGAAGAAACUGCAGUCUGACACGGAGUACAGCGUCACCGUGGUGCCCGUUUACCACGAGAUGGAGGGACUGCCGCAGACGGAAAACGGGAAGACAUAUCCGGUGGGGGGAGUGAAGAACUUGCAAGUGGUGGACCCGACCAUCAACACGUUGACAGUGCGGUGGGAGCCGGCGGUGGGCAAUGUGCGCAGCUACAGGGUCACGUAUUCGGCAGAACCCGACGGAGAACAACGCACGGAGGAGGUGUCAGGUGGCACCACCAACCUCAUCCUGCGGAACCUGGACACGGACACGGUGUACAACGUGGCCGUGGUGCCCAUCUACCCUGACGUGGAGGGCAUCCUGCAGGCCGACAAGGGCAAGACCAAGCCUCUGGGCGGCGUGAAGAACCUCCGCGUGAGCGACCCCACCACCAACUCGCUGCGAGUGCGCUGGGAUGCGGCUGAGGGCGACGUGCGCCAGUAUCGGAUCGUCUACAAGCCCGUCGCCGGAGGAGACGAGCUCAUGACUCAGGAAUCCGGCAUGGUUACCAACACGAGGCUGAGGGAGCUGCAGCCGGACACGGAGUACACAGUGACGGUGGUGCCCAUCUACUCCGACAUGGAGGGGAAGGGCAUGUCGGAGAAUGGGAAAACAAAGGCGCUGGGCGGUGUCAAGAACCUGCAGGUGACCGACCCCACCACCAGCACCCUCAAGGUCACCUGGGAGCCGGCCGAGGGAAAUGUGCGCCAGUACCGACUCUUCUAUGUGCCCGCAACCGGCGGUGCAGAGGACAUGGAGCAGGUAUCGGGAGGAACCACCAGCACCGUCCUGAGAAACCUCCUCUCCGACACCCCCUACACCGUCACCGUGGUGCCUGUGUACCCAGAGGGCGAGGGCCUGCGCCAGUCUGAGCUCGGAAAAACGCUUCCGCGCACGCCACCGCGCAACGUCCAGGUGUUCAACCCCACCCCCAACAGCCUCAACGUCCGCUGGGAGCCGGCCACGGGCCAGGUUCAGCAGUAUCGCGUGGAGUACGUCCCCUGGAAUUCCGCCUCCCAGCCUCAGUCGGUGCUGGUUCCUGGCAACAUCAACAACGCCUUCCUGGACGGCCUGAUUCCCGACACUCCUUACCGGGUCAGCGUGGCCGCCAUGUACCCCGACGGACAAGGACUGUCGCUGAAGAGCAACGGCAAAACAUUGCCGCGUGCCGGACCUCGGAACCUGCGAGUGUUUGAGGCCACCACCAACUCUCUCACCAUUGGGUGGGACCACGCCGAGGGUCCCGUGAGGCAGUACCGCAUCGCCUACGCACCCAUGACUGGAGACCCCAUCACCGAAUAUGCUGUCGUCCCGGGCAACCGAAACAACGCCAGGCUGCAGAACCUGCAUCCCGACACGCCCUACAACAUCACAGUGGAGGCCAUAUACGCCGAGGGCCCCGGAGGAUUCCUCAACGGGAACGGACGCACAAUCGGCCUGCUAAGCCCGAGAAACCUGCGGGUGUCGGACGAAUGGUACACACGAUUCCGAGUGGCCUGGGACCCCGUGUCGGCUCCAGUGGAAGGAUACAGACUCAUAUACUCCCCGAGAGGCUCCGACCACCAGGCCAUCGAUUUCUUUGUGGGUGACGUGACGUCUUACGCACUGCACAACCUGAAGCCCGGAACCACCUAUGACGUCCAAGUCUUGGCGCAGUACAUGGGCGGCUCCAGCGCGCCUCUUGCUGGGCCAGGAACCACACUGUUCCUGAACGUGACCAACAUCGAAACGUACAACAUCGCUCAUGACAAGUUCUGCGUCAAGUGGACUCCUCACCGAGCGGCCACGUCGUACCGCAUCAGACUCAACCCGCUGGACCCGUCUAGCAGAGGUCAACACGAGAUCACCAUCCCCGCCGGCCUGCCGCAGUACUGCUUCGAAGGACUUUCCCCCGACGCCCUCUACAGUGCGACCGUCUACGUCCAGACGCCCAACCUGGAGGGACCCGGCGUCAGCGCCAAGGAGAGAACCCUGGUCAAGCCCACUCCCGCGCCGACGCUCCCGCCCACUCCCAUGCCGCCCCCCACCAUCCCCCCCUCGUGGGCAGUUUGCAAAGGUGCCAAAGCGGACGUUUUGUUCCUGAUCGACGGGUCCUGGAGUAUCGGCGAGGAGAGCUUCACCAAAGUCGUGCAUUUCGUCUCCAGCAUGAUCGGAACCUUCGAUGUCAUCGGGCCUACUGGGAUGCAGGUGUCGUUCGUGCAGUACAGUGACGACGCGAAGACAGAGUUCAAGUUGAACUCGUACCAAGACAAAGGUGUCGCUAUGGCAGCCCCUCAUCACAUCCGCUACAGAGGGGGAAACACCAAAACAGGCGUGGCUCUGAAGCACACAUACGAGAGAGCUUUCACGGUGGAGAACGGCAUGAGGAGGAACGUCCCCAAGGUGGUGGUGGUCAUCACGGACGGACGCUCGCAGGAUGAAGUGAGAAAGAACGCCGCCAGGCUGCAACACGCAGGCUACACGGUGUUCGCCGUGGGGGUGGCCGACGUGGACUUUGUGGAGCUGCAGGAGAUCAGCAGCAAGCCCAGCGAGAGGCACGUCUUUGUGGUGGACGACUUCGACGCCUUCGACACCAUCAAGGAGAACCUCAUCACCUUCAUCUGCGAAACGGCCACGUCCACCUGCCCCCUCAUCUUUGUCAACGGCUUCACGUCUCCCGGCUUCAGGAUGCUAGAAUCCUUCAACCUGACAGAGAAGACGUACGCUCAGGUGAGAGGCGUCUCCAUGGAGCCGGGCUCCUUUAACAGCUUCCCGGCCUACAGACUGCACACCAACGCCUUCCUCACCAUGCCCAGCAUUGAGGUGCACCCCGAGGGACUUCCAGCCGUCUACACCAUCAUCCUCAUGCUCCGCCUCCUGCCCGACACGCCCACCGACGCCUUCGACGUGUGGCAGGUGUCCAGCGCCGACCACAAGCCGGAGACCGGAGUCACCAUUGACCCUUCCAGACAGACCGUUUCUUUCUACAACAAGGGCGAGCGCGGCGAGAUCCAGCAGGUGACCUUUGACGAGCCUCAAGUCAAGCAGCUCUUCCACGGAAGCUUCCACAAGCUGCACAUCCUGGUCUCAUCCACUGGCGUCCAACUCAACAUGGACUGCCAACACGUGGCCGAGAAGAGCAUCAAAGCGGCUGGAAACACUUCCAAAGACGGAUACCAAGUUCUGGGGAAAAUGGCCAAGUCCGUCGGAUCCAGACGAGACUCGGCAACUUUCCAGCUCCAGAUGUUCGAUAUUGUCUGCAGCCUGGCCUGGACCAGCCGGGACCGCUGCUGUGACCUGCCUGCCCUGAGAGAUGAAAGCAAAUGUCCUUCGCUCCCCAACGCCUGCACGUGCACCACUUCGGCCACCGGACCUCCCGGACCUCAGGGACCAGUGGGUGCCCCUGGCAAAAAAGGACCCCGAGGUGAAAGAGGAGAGCUCGGUUCGCCUGGUCCAGUGGGUCCACGGGGAGACCUCGGAGCACCAGGACCCAUGGGCCUGCCCGGUCCACAAGGACCCAGCGGACGCUCGAUACCAGGAGAGGCUGGUCGUCCCGGACCAAAAGGAGAACACGGAGACUCUGGCCUGCCUGGACUAAAAGGCUCGCCAGGACCUCGCGGACCCAUCGGACCCAUCGGAGCUGCUGGAGUUAGGGGACCUCAAGGGAAGGACGGAGUGUCAGGACCCAGAGGACCCGCUGGGCCCAUGGGACCGCCGGGCUCUCCUGGAGCGCCCGGUCCAGAAGGAAAACCCGGGAACACAGGCCCGAAUGGAGCUACCGGUUCUGUGGGUCCAAAAGGAGACAAAGGAGAGCGCGGAGACUUUGCUCCUCAGAACAUGAUGCGCUCCAUCGCCAGGCAGGUGUGUGAGCAGCUCGUCAACGCCCAGAUGAACCGCGUCAACGGUCUCCUGAACCAGAUCCCGAGCGGCAUCCACCGCAACAACAACCCCGGGCCCCCGGGGCCCACCGGACCUCCUGGCGCGCCGGGACCGCGCGGAGAGCUGGGCCCCGCCGGAAGAAACGGUUUCCCCGGAAACCAGGGACCGCCGGGACAGACCGGGGAGGCGGGAUCGUCCGGAGAGAAAGGCGAGCGAGGCGUGUCGGGCGUCGGACAGAAAGGCCCCCGAGGACCACCGGGUCCACCAGGAGAGAGCCGGACGGGCCCCACGGGCCCGACGGGCUCCACAGGGCCUCGCGGUCCACCCGGUCGUCCAGGUUACGCCGGCGCACGCGGUUCCCCCGGGGCGGCCGGCUACUGCGACUCUUCACAGUGUGUGGGGAUUCCUUAUAAUGGUCAAGGAUACGCGGGUUCUGCGUAGUUUUACUUUGCCGCCUGCGCUGCUUUCAUGACUUCCCGAAACGCUCUCGAGACGUUUGAGGGAAGCGCUAACAAACUUUGCUGCAACAACAAACAACAACAACAACAACAACAAACAACAACAACAACAACAACAAACGGGAACUAACCAACAACAAACAUCGGUGGCGGCAGCGGCAGCCAUUUUGUGGCCAGUUUGCAUCUUGACGCCAAACAACGACGAGGAGCAUGCGGCCGACAACAACGACAACAACAGCAACAACGAGAACGUACUAACAACGCCGAAAUGAACUCUUGAUGCUUUGUUACCUAGCAACCCUCAACCUGCUGCCUGCCAACGCCAACAACAAACCUCUUUUAUUAUUAAUAGUAAUAAAUAAUAAUACAGUGAACCCCGACUAUCAUAUUUAUGUAUUACUUGCGAAUAGUGACAAUCUGUAAGUAAUUGACACCCGCCCUGACAUGUUUCCAAUUGCCUAUAGUCGUCAUUUAAACCCUACGCCAAACUCUGAUCCCGAAACAUUUUGCACCUUACAAAUAGAGGUGCAACAAUUAAUCGAUUAUCAAAUGAAUCAACAACUAUUUUGAUUGGAUUUAAUGCGAUACAUAGAUAUUCAUUUUUUAAAAGGAUGCAUGGUACACAAAAAAAAUGUUGAUCUUUAGCUUGCUAUCCAACACCGCCAGUGGCAAGCUGGAUUUUUCCCUGCGCCGUCUUGAGACGUUUACCGCCCUGCUUUAUCCAACAGACCCUCCUAGCCGGCCUGUCCGACCUCGACUUUACCUCUUGUAAUGUCAAACUCGCCGGCUAUCGCAGAUAAAAAAUAAAUAAAUAAAUAAAACAGCCAGAUAAGCGCAAAUAAGAAUCAUGUCGUCGAAAUUUUGACUCACUGUGAUAUAUAGUUAAAAACCCGAAAUAAAUCCUUGACGCCAAAGUAACUUGCGGAGUUUAUCUUUGCACAGAGGUCAGAUAGCACACGUCGUGACAGGCAGUAUUUCUGUCUGGCCACGAGGAAGUCUCACACAGAUUUUUAUACCCACCCCAUAUGCAAAUAGUUCAAAUCGAUCAUUCAGAUCGAUACACCUUGGGCCAUAUUCACCCGCUCGCUGUUUUUUUUACGCGCCAGGGCUUGCGCACUUUUCAACUACGCUUGUACCUUGGAGACUUUUGACACAUCCGCCGCACGGAACCGAGGAAUAAAUGCGGAAACACCAAUGGAACAUGCAGUUUUCCUCAGACCCGUGAAUGUCAUUGACAAAGCACACUAUAAAUUAGAAAAUAUCUUCAGUGAAUGUAGAAAGACAAUAAAAAGUUAAAUCUGGGGAAAGAAAUGUGAAUACACUUUAUAGCUUUCUGGAAAUCGCAUACAAUAUUAUUAGUACUUGUGGCGCAUGUUGGAACUGAAUCCCAACUUGAAGUGCAAUAUGAUGUUUAACCUUCACGGGGUGCGUACUUACUACAGCCUUGGACGCGCAUAAGAGGAAAAGUGCUGAAGUCGAUGGGAAAAUAUGCACAAGGCCAGAUGCGACAGGGAACGCCCGCAUUUUAGGAUUGCGCCACCCUUUGUGUGUAUCUGGAACUCAGGUGCAUAAAUGUGGACGGGAAAAUCAUUCCCUCAUGGGACAUGCAUACAGACUUUGCACACCUUUUGCAGUCGCUGUUGUUCUGACCUGACGCACCUCGUGUGAUCAGAUUCAUCCAGCGAAGCGUUACAAUUCACUAGCGAAGGCCUCGGAACAACAGUAUCUCAAAUAUGUAUGCGGGGGUUCACUGUAUUGGAUAAUGUGAUGAUGAUGAAGAUGAAGAUGAAGAUGAUGAUGAUGAUGAUGAUGAUAAUGAUGAUGCAGAUGCAUGUGUGGCGUGACGUGAGAGCAUCUGAAGACCCUCAGGGCAUGCCGGAGGUUCAUGUACACAAUCAUUAGUUUGCUUUUGUUGCUUAUUAAAUGAAUGUCACACUUUGCACCAGCAAAAAUCCAAAGAAAAAGCCAACGCGGUGCAAAGUGCUGAACGGAUGAAUGAAUGUUGACUAACACGCUUUACACGCAAACUAGCUGCCCCCCCCCCCCAGCCCCGCGUACUAACAACUGGCUCAAACAGGAAGUCACGCACAUACUCUGUUGCCAUGACAACAACUACAACAGGAAAUGCUCUGUGAGCAGGCCGCUUCCCUUUGGGCCCCGACAACUCCCCGGUGGCCCCGCCCCCCGACGAUGACCAAUCGGCCGAGAGGCGACG